GACAGCUGAGAUUUCAGGUAAUCACGUGGGCUUCGGCCUGACCGCGCAUAACAUCUCGCUCGGUAGGAAGAUCUUCUUUUGGCCGCCACGCGCAUAUUUCCACAACAGUAUUGGUCAGAUAUAUUGACGACCUCUAUGAUUAAUUAUUGGCUAGCGUAUCGUUCAAGCCGGAUGUCGCGGGUUCUCCGGGGUAACAAAAAGUCGCAGCAAUUAUUUUCCUUCGAUUAAAAUUGAAAUGGCUAGGCUGCGCCAGAUUUAAAAGCAAUAGCUUUUAAUCAACUAGCUUUUCAGUAGCAUCAAUACGUUAACAAACCUACAACAAAAUAUAUAAACAUCAGCCAAAAAACCUCAUACACCAGCGGACUUUUAGUACAUGCAAGGCACAUGGUACGAGGUGGCCAGGUUCUACAACACGUGGGAGAACCGCGGGGACUGCGUGUCCCUCCGUCACAAGGUGGAAGGUGGUAACACCAUGUUCGUCAUCAGCACGGUGCUCAACAACAGGCAGGUCACCUUCGAGGGAGUCAUCGAGUUCGACGAGCGCAAGGGUUAUAUAGACUACGUGUCUAAAGUCUACGCAGACAGUGAAGGCACAAACAAUGUCCCAGUGGAGAUACUGCUGAUAGAUUAUGAUAAAUAUGUGGUCAUCUACUACUGCGCCAUCAAGUCUAACCAGCAACAUGUUUACACGUGGAUAUUAUCUCGAACGAAGAAAUUGGACGGCGAGAGUAUGACUAGAAUAAAAGGAUUUUUCGCGAGAACGCCAUUUUUAAGCUGGGACAAACUUAUUUGGGAUCACUUCACUGAUCAAACAUGUAAAGUUAAUUAACGUCUCUCUAAAGUGCUUACAGCGUGUCCAGUGGCAGACAGACAGACAUUCUACAAGUAAAAGUAAUGGUAUGAAAUAAUUAUCUUGUUCAAGAGGUUGACCUUUU